AUGAGCCAAUCACAACAGCAGUCCCUGGCGCGACGGCCGGUGGGAGCCGCGCCUGGUGUUGCCCCAGGCGGCGGUGCCCAUGCGGGCGGCGUCUUGUACGGCGGCGCCGGCGCGGGUGGAGGUGUAGGUGGUGGUGGUGUUGCUGCUGCUGGCAGUGCUGGAAGUGCUGGCGCUGCGGUUGGCGGUGCGGGUGCUGCUGCUUCUGCCGUGGUUGCUGCUGGCACUGGCACUGGCACUGGCGCUGGCACCGGUGCUGCUGUCUCAGCCCCAGCGUCGGUCGUUCCAGCUGGCAUUAGCGCGGCGGCUGCUAUUCCAGUUGCAACGCCCGCUGACGGUGGCAGGCAGGACGAGCUACACAUGUCUGCGGCGACACCCACCGGCACCACCAGCACCACCACCUGCACCACCACGGCCUCCAGCCCCCACGGCGGCCAAAUGCAGCAUCAGAUGGCAUCGUCGUCGGCCUCGUCGCGCGACUACGCGCCGCACAUCAAGCUCGACCACCCUCCCGCGCCCGCAAUCGCCCACGGCCAGCACCACCCGCAGAGCCCCCCGAGCUCCGCCGUGCCCAACAUCCUCCAGCCCGGCGGCAUGUCGCGCCAAUCCGCAAUGUCGCCCAAUGCGGCGCCGGCCAUGCACGGCUCCAUGCCUCCGCCCUCGGCCGCCGCGCCCGCGUCGUCCUCGUCGCAGCAGCCAGCCUCUUCGCACGACUACCACCACCAGACGCCGUCGAAGCCGUCCCUGACCAUGCCGCACUCUCACUCAUACUCACGCUCCAGCCCCGCCGCCGCCGCCUACGACACGCCGCCGUCUGCCUCCUACCAUGCCUACACGCCCACCACGCCCGGCGGCUCCUCCUCGCAGUUCAUGUCCCCCGGCGACGGCGCCAAAUACAAUGCCCCGGGCUCCCAGCGCAACUUCUCCAACACGCCGCUUGGCCUCGCCGACAUCCGGCCACGCGCCGACUCGAGCAUGUCUGACGGCGCCCCCGGGUCUGUGGGCCACGACCUGGUCAACACCCAGCCGGGGCCCAGCAACUACUUGGCUCCCUGGGCCGUAUAUGCCUUCGACUGGUGCAAGUGGCGGCCCCAAGGCAACAGCGCCGGCAAGCUUGCCGUUGGCAGCUACCUCGAGGACGGUCACAACUUCGUAAGUCCCUGCUCGCCGCUGACUCGCGCGGCCCAUCGCCCUUCUGACCCCCCCGUCCAGAUCCAGAUCCUCGACAGCCAGGUCGUUCACUCUCCGCCAGAGGUAUACACGCCGGGCGCCUCCAAAUACAGCCUCGAGUUCAACAAGGUGGCCGAGGCGACGCAUUCGUACCCCGUCACCCGCCUGCUCUGGGAACCCCCAUCCUCCCAGAAGCAGUCCACUGACCUCCUCGCCACCUCUGGCGAUCAUCUCCGACUGUGGUCGCUGCCUUCAGAGACUCCGGCAAACCCCGGCAACAACAUCACUCGCGCAUCGCGAGACGCCGCAGUCACCAAGCUGACUCCCCUCGCUUUGCUCUCCAACUCCAAGACGCCCGACCACACUGCUCCACUCACAUCGCUCGACUGGAACACGGUCUCGCCGAGCUUGAUCAUCACGUCCAGCAUCGACACGACAUGCACCAUUUGGGAUAUCCCCUCGCUCACAGCCAAGACGCAACUCAUUGCCCACGACAAGGAGGUGUACGACGUGCGUUUCUGCGCAAACAGUGUCGAUGUGUUCGUCAGCUGCGGCCAGGACGGCAGUGUCCGCAUGUUUGACUUGCGCAGCCUGGAGCACUCGACCAUCAUCUACGAGCCCACGGGCAAGGAAGACAGAGGUAUGCUCCCGCCUGUCGUGAGCCCGACGACAGCGCAGCAGUCCAUGACGACGCCUCCGCCACUGCUACGCCUUGCGACGUCCCCUCACGAUACCCACCUACUGGCGACGUUUGCGCAGGAUUCCAAUAUCAUUCGCAUCCUGGACGUCAGGCAGCCCGGCCAGGCGCUACUUGAGCUUCGCGGGCAUACCAAUUCCAUCAACUGCCUCGAGUGGUCACCGCUGCGACGGGGCACGCUCGCCUCGGGAGGUGACGAUUGCCAGGUUCUUGUAUGGGACCUCUUGUCAUCGAACUCGUCGAUAGGCGGCCCGCCCAUCAAUGGCACACCGCAGCAAGACAAUCAUCGCAAUCCGGUUGCAUGCUGGGACUGCGAGUACGAGGUUGGCAACCUCGGCUGGGUACCACAACUUCCAAACUCUGAUUACGGUGAGUGGCUCGGCGUAAGCGCCGGGCGCGGGGUCUGGGCUACACGGUUGAUGUGA